UUUUUAUCUUUUCAGAAUUUAACGCAUUUAUAAGAUUUGUUGGAAAAAACACAAAGGAGCAAACCAGCAAUAUUUAUGAAUGGGACUCUGUUACAAACUUGGCUGGAUGAAUGCUCAAAAUAGAUAUGAUAUUUAAGAUUGAUUCAAUCUGUAAGCUGUAUCAUCUUGUAGGAUACGUAAUUAUGGUCAAGUUAAUCUCACAUUCUCAAAUGUUGCUGGCAGACGCUUACCCUAGCAAUUACUACCACAGAAACUUUAGUAUUCCCACCAAAUCAGAAGUACGGAGAGGAAUUAACAUUGACUUGCAAGUCGCGACGGAAGCUCCAAGCUCUAAAUUAAAAUUACAAGAGGUUUUAGAAGAUAUGAUGCAAGCAGCUCAAGAAGGAUUGGAGGAAAGCGAUAGUGUAACUCUCUGUCCCACUUGUUCGGAUUUGUUGAAGGAAAAACCUUUAAGAAAGAUCAUUGAAGAGCUAAGACCAGGUUACCCUUGCGAUGACUGGGAUCCCAAGGAGCGCACCUGUAUCUUUGAUCGCAACAUCGGUGACAGUGUGACAUUUGUACUUGACAUUCCUCAAAAGAAAUUUGACAACUCACUUCACAUUGUGUGGAUGCAAGAGUUUGAAAUAAUGAAAUCGAAGACCAGGAAAAAUUUUACAAUUGAUCCAACUUCUCCUCCAUGGAAUAUGGUGAUUGGGAGUAAAGCUUCUGAGCUACGUCUAAGUCCCAUAACUGAGCUGGACAUUGACUUUAACUAUUUUUCGGCCACGGUAAAUAAUGGCGAAGAUACCGAACUUCCAACAAAAAGAAAAGUCAUUUUUAAAAUUCGUGUAAUGCCAAUAGACCAAGGAACUUUAUAUCCUGGAGCCUUCUUGAUGUUGAAUAUGCUUUCUUCUGUUAGCUUGCCUGAAAGUUCGAUGACUUUUAAAUGGUACAUGGAAGACGAUAAUGAAAUGAAGUCUCUUCCAAGUAACAUGCGAGUCAGUUCUACCGGUGGUUUACUGACCAUAUCAGAGCUUCGUAAGGAACAGCAAGGAAUUAUGUCAUGUGCCGUAUAUACCAAUUUGAAUGUGUUCGCCACCAAAAAGAGAUUUUUAAUCAAGUCCGUCAGUCAAGAAAACAAUAGAUUGAUGUUCUUGCCAACUCGUUCUUCGAAAUAUCACAGAGAAAUUUCACAAAGACUCUAUCGCAACAAGAGACAAUUCGAGUCAAACUUUUUUGAAGAUGAGACUCGAAAAAGUGACGAAAGUGCAUUUCUGGAUCAUGUUAAUCCUAAUAAAGAGGAUUAUAUUGAUUUAAAUAAAACACCAAGCUCCAAGUCAGAAUCUUUAGAAAAUAGAAAAUACGAUGAAAAUACAGUUAAGGAACCAUUUCUUCCUGAUAAAGAUGAGUCCAAGUCCGAUUCUGACGAAAGCAAAAAAUAUGACGAAAAUGUAGUUAAAGAACCAUUUAUUUCCGAUAAAACUGAAUACACCGGUCCAAUUAAAAAACCAAGUUCCAAAUCCGAAUCUGUAGAAAGUAGAAAAUACGAUGACAACGCAGAUUUUAUUCCUAAAAAAGAUGAAUACACGGAUCCAAAUAAAAAGUCAAACCCAACAUUCGAAUUCGUCAAGAAGUCAAAAUAUGACGAUGACGGAUUUCGAAUUUAUUUACCCAGUGAUAAAAACAAUUACAUGCCUUCGUAUAGGAAAUCAAGUCCUAAACUCGACUCGUCAGAUGACGUAAGUGUUGAUGUAACGGAAGGCCCCCAAUUCUCAACUUUAUCAGACGAAAAAUACGAAGAAAUGAAAACUCGCCUCACCACCAGCGACAAAAUAGCCAUGCUGAUAUCCAAAUGUGAUGCAGACUUUGAAUGUUCGACGUACGCUUCCUGCAUAAAAAUGACAAAAACUGAACCGGGAUUCUGUCGAUGUUUGCCACGUUUUGAAGGUAAUGGAAUAUUUUGCUGGGAAGUUCACAAAUCUGUGACCUAAACAAAAUGCCAGAAAUGGAUACCAGCUGUUCUGUUGCGGAUAAAAAGUAAAGAUGAUUCAUAGCACGCAGUAUCUCAAAUAUCUCCAUAUUUCAUGUGGUGUCACGAAAAAGGCAUAUCCGAUUUAAAAAAAAACAAAUUCAAACAAACAAUAAGAAUCGAUAUGUAUCAGAAACAGCUGUGUCAUUGAUUCUUCAUAACAGGACUGACUCUGCUCUUCAAAAUCGAUUUUGUAAGAGAAGU